AUGGAAAAGCCCGACUUAGACACAAUUGAAGAAGCGCUUUCCAUCACAGAUGAUAGUACAGUUGAUAGAAUUAAUGCUGCUCACGAAAUUUUAGCUCAAUGGUAUCAAACAAAUUUAUUAUCUGAUAUUAUUGAAAUUUUGAAACGAACUUCCAAUGCAACAGUCAAACAAAAGCUAUUAUAUUUAUUUAAACACGAAAUUAUACACACUCUAAUCAAUUACGAUUCUAAUGACGUUCAAAAUUUUAAAUCAAUAUUCUUAGAAAUAUAUUUUAAUGUUCAAGACACGAUAAAAGUUAAAGAAUUACUAUCAGAAUGCAUAUCAAUCAUCAACAUUAUUGAUAUCGAGAAUAUAGAGAAUAAUUCUGAAAUUUUCAUAUUUACUGAAUCAGAAGAAUACGAAAGUAUCAAGCUUAAGUUACAACUAAUGCAUGAUUUCUUUUACGAAAAAGAAACAUGGUCAUAUAUCACUGAAUAUCACAAAAAAAUCGUAAAUCAUUUUCUCCUAUACAAUGCUCAAAAGAUAGUCGAUUCUCUCAAUAUUGCAUUACAAUACGAAGACUAUGUCCCACUUACCUUGAAAAUUUACAAACUUAUUUUAUUAAAUAUUCCAAUUUAUGGCGUUGUUGAUCUAACUCUUAUACAAUUCUUAUGUACAAACUACAUAUCUGAUGAACGUACUAUCACAGAAGCAGCCGGAUGCUUAACAUCUGUUUUGAUUAAAAGAAAAGAUACUGUAAAUAUAUUUCGCUAUUAUUCAUCAUUAAUUGUUGAUUCACUUCUCAAUUCCAAGAAUCCUACUAGUAUUUCUCAGUCAAUUACAACUUCCACCAGUGUUAUGGAAUUUAUUCUUCCAUUUUUAAGACAGUUUCUUAAUUAUAUCGUUAGUUUAUUCUUUAAUACAGAUAAAGUAUCUGAUCCUGAUGUAGCCAGUUCAAUAGAAGCAGAUACAAACGAAAUUUUGCAAGGAAUGCAAGAUUUUGGAAUUAAUCCAGAUGAUUUCGGAUCACAAGCUCUUGAAUUGUACAAAAUAUCAUUGUCUAUACAGCCAGAACAAGCAGAUUUCGAAUUUUGGAGAUUAUGGAAUGAAAUUUUUAUGAAAAUCAUGAACGAAAGAUUGGAUAAAAGCAAACCACAUCCAUUUACAACAUUCUUUUCAGACAUAUUACCUUUCGCUAGAGAAUCAAUGAUAAAUUUAUUUCCUUAUUCAUUUGAAAGUGAAGCUUCUGUUUCAUUUGACGCGAGAAGCUGCAUCACAAUGAUAAUGCAGAUAGAUGUUGAACAUUCUAUGUCAUAUUUGUCACAACUUGAGCCAUGUCCUGGCUUAUUUUAUACAAUAGGAUGUUUGGAAACAUCGAUUGGAGAUAAUGGACAGUUAUAUGAGAUGUUUGGCAACACAAUUAACUUGAUUGAUAGUGUUAAUGAGAAUACUGAUGAAGAUUAUAUAACUUCUUUAUUGUUUGCUGUUUCUCAUUGUGUUUUAUUCCUUUCUGCACAUGAAAACAGACAAAAUUUAGGAAAAGUGUUGAAUUUCAUUGUUUCUUCACUCCAAAACUCAGAAAAAACAGCAGAAGCAGCUGCAAGAGCUCUCCAUUAUAUAACAGUAACAAUGAUAAAUCCUUUGUUAGAAAAUGAUAUGGAACUCGCUUCCCAAAUUAUAGAACAAAGUGAAUCAUUCAUUACUACAUUAGAUCAAUCAACAAUGUCUCUUCUUUUCAACUCUUGUUUGAAUAUCAUUGCGGAAUGCAGCUCAGAAGACAUUGUAAUUUCAUCAAUCAACCAAUUAUUGUCUCCUUUAGUUGAUACUCUUACAAAUUUCGUUGAAUCUCCACAAGAUUUUGCCGAAUCAUGUAUCACUGCAUUAAACACAGUUAAUAAUAUUGCUUCUGGAAGCAAACCUGAAAUAAGAAAUACAAUUUCUAACAUUUUCCUUCCAAUUUAUUUCAAUAUUAUGAACAUGGUUUUAGGAGUUGAAGAUUUUUCUGAAAUAUCAUCAGCUUUAUUUGCUUCUUAUGCAACUUUGAUAACAUUCCUACAAUAUUCUGAUGUUCAAGACUUGAUAAACACAAUAAUAGAAUCAUUUGUAGGUAAAACAGAGUCAUAUACAAUAUUAUAUAGUUUUGUAACACAAAUUAGAGCACAAUUUAAAGAAUUAGAUCAAAAAUUAGAAUUUAUAUUAGAUAAUUUUGUUUCUCCAGUAUUAGAAACAAGUACAGACUUUAUUGAAGAAAUUAUUUGCAUGAUAACAUCAUUUGACAUUUGUUUAAUUGAUAUAGAGUUCAUUAAAUCAUUAUUUAAAGCAGGAAUUGAAGAUUUAAGACCAGGAGUUGUAGUUGCUUCAUUACAUCUUUGGCAAAAACUUCUUGAACAAAAUAGUCAAAGCUUUGAUAUCUAUAAAUCAACAUUCCAAGAAGUUUUUACUCAAAUAGUUACAAUACUUACUGAUGAACUUCACAGACAGUCAAUGAAUGAAAUUAUUUCAUUCUUUAGAUAUCCAUUAGUUUAUUUCCAAGUCAAUAAAAAAAUUAUGCCAAACCAAGAAUUUGAUGAUAACUUGAUUUCCAUUUUAGAAUCAGUAAUAGGAAAAGCAGAUGAUGAUACAUUAUACCCAAGAUUUGUUACUUAUCUAAGAGAGUCUUCUUUUUCUACAUCAAGAUUCUGCAAAGCAUGCGAAGACUUUCUAAUUGUAAUUAAUAAAUUGGCUCCUGCAGAUCCAGCAAUGUUCAAAAUUGAUAAUGUAAGACAAGGAGGAAGUCAUUUAGUUAACACUUCUACACAAACAUUAAGAGCUAUGAAAGCAGAAGGAAGGAAUGUUCAAGCAAUCGCUAAUUAA